AUGCCUCGACGGACCCGUAACAUUCACUUGUCCGAGAAACCCGCAGAGCUUGUGGUUGGACAGUCCAACGCGAAGAAGGCGCUUUUGAUUGGGAUAAACAACACCUUGAUGGAGCAGGACGGUGGAGGCAGGAGAAGUCGGUUGACUAUGCCGCAUAGGGAUGUUCACUCGAUGAGGACCUUACUUAUUGAACAUUAUCAUUACAAUCCGAAUGACAUUGUCACCCUCAUUGACGUCGACGAUCCCAAACAACUUCAACCGACUAGAGCCAACAUUCGCACUGAACUGAGAAAGCUUGUCGCUGAUGCUCGUCGUGGUGAUCGCUUCUUUUUUCAUUACUCGGGGCAUGUUGUUCAAACGGAAAACCAGGAUCAUACUGAAGAAGAUGGCAAGGAUGAAUGCCUUGUGCCCUGCGACUCGGACGGCGUGCAAAACCUCAUCAAAGACGACGAGCUGCAUGGUAUUCUUGUAGAUCAACUUCCACAAGGAUCUCAACUCGUAGCCAUUCUCGACUCGUGUCACUCCGGUUCCCUGCUCGACCUCGAGCAUUAUCGGUGCAAUCGGGUUUGGGUCCCUUGGAUGUCAAAAGGUAGAAGGAAAAGUGAUCCAAUAAGGAACAAGGUUCAACGUCACAAUGCCCUCAUUGUCUACCAGCACAAACGAAUCAGCGGCGAUCGUGUCAAGCAGCGUAAAACAACAAUUCUCAACCAUCCUUUGAGUCCGCUUUCUCCUGAACGCCGACGCCGAGCUUCCCGAGAAAUGCCCGCUACCCCCAUUAGUCCUGUAACAUCUCCUGCGUCUCCUUCAACCCACAAGAAGCUGGCGCGCGCCUUAACAAAGCUAGACAUUAACGCAACUAAGGGCAUCAACGCUAUUCGGAGGAGUUCCACAUGGAAAAAUAGCCCUACUACUGGACAACAAGUCAUGAAGCGGUCGAAGACGAUCAAGUCGCAGUUUGUUCCUUGGCUGGACAUCAAACGGGCGGAAGCUGCUGCUGCUGAGGGCGACACGGAUCAAGAGGGUCUUCAAUGCGAGUCUCCUGUUCAACAGUUCUGUAAUGGAUGGUGUCACCAUAACUCGUCGCCUACUUCGCCGAAGUCGCCGAAGUCUCCAGGGUCACCAGAAAUUAUCUCAUUAGCCUCCUGUAAGGACAGUCAAGAAGCUUGGGAGGACAGCGAAGGAAAUUCAAUGACUCAGCGGCUGGUUGAAAUCCUCAAGCAGGAUCCCCAUCCCACAAUGGGUGACCUGAUGGUUACAAUUAGUCACAAACUUCAUGAUGCUGCUAUGAAAGCUCAUACCCAAACCAAGCAAUAUAAGGAUAAAGUUGUGCGCUACAGGAAAAAGCAUCCAGAAAAAUGCAAAUAUCCGGACGAGGGCGAUACAGAUGGGUUGAACUUGAAUGAUUUUCAAGAUCCUCAGUCGGAAACCCUUGGUAUGUUUGACCUUUGA